CUCUGAGGGGAUCCGCCGCUGAUUUGGGGGCCUGCAUCCUAGUCCUCCCCAUCGUCCCCUGCCUGGCCUGCCACACCCAGGCCCCUGACAGCUCCGGUUCCCGCGGCGCCUACCCAGCCAGGCCCAGCGCUUCCUUGCCUACUGCGUUUGAUCUACGGGAAAACUUUAGAUGGUUUUACCCUGGAUUGGCAAUUUGGGUUUGAGUGCCAUCAAAAAGGGCGCCUCAAGCAGUUGUCAGAAGCCUAACUUCUGGGUCCUGAUGUCUGACCAUGGAGAUGUGAGCCUCCCACCUGAGGACCGGGUGAGGGCUCUCUCACAGCUGGGGAGUGCAGUGGAGGUGAAUGAAGACAUUCCACCCCGUCGGUACUUCCGCUCUGGAGUUGAGAUUAUUCGAAUGGCAUCCAUUUAUUCUGAAGAAGGCAACAUUGAACAUGCCUUCAUCCUCUAUAACAAGUAUAUCACACUCUUUAUUGAGAAACUACCAAAGCAUCGAGAUUACAAAUCAGCUAUCAUUCCUGAAAAGAAAGAUACAGUAAAGAAAUUAAAGGAAAUCGCAUUUCCCAAAGCAGAAGAGCUGAAGGCAGAGUUGUUAAAACGAUAUACCAAAGAAUAUGCACUAUAUAAUGAAGAAAAGAAGAAGGAGGCGGAGGAAUUUGCCCGGAACAUGGCCAUCCAGCAAGAGCUGGAAAAGGAAAAACAGAGGGUAGCACUACAAAAACAGCAACAGUUGGAACAGGAACAGUUUCAUGCCUUUGAGGAGAUGAUCCGGAACCAGGAACUGGAAAAGGAGCGACUAAAAAUUGUACAGGAGUUUGGGAAAGUGGACCCUGGUCUAGGUGGCCCACUGGUGCCUGACUUGGAAAAGCCCUCUUUAGAUGUGUUCCCUACCUCGCCUGUCUCAUCCACACAGCCUUCAGACUGUAAUUCAACUCUAAGGCCAGCCAAACCACCAGUGGUGGACAGGUCCUUGAAACCUGGAGCACUGAGCAACUCUGAAAGUAUUCCUACAAUCGACGGGCUACGCCAUGUGGUGGUACCAGGGAGGCUGUGCCCACAGUUUCUUCAGUUAGCCAGUGCCAAUACUUCCCGGGGAGUAGAAACAUGUGGAAUUCUCUGUGGAAAACUGAUGAGGAACGAAUUUACCAUUACUCAUGUUCUCAUCCCCAAGCAAAGUGCUGGGUCUGAUUAUUGCAACACAGAGAAUGAAGAAGAACUUUUCCUCAUACAGGAUCAGCAGGGCCUCAUCACACUGGGCUGGAUUCAUACUCAUCCCACACAGACCGCCUUUCUUUCCAGUGUUGACCUACACACUCACUGCUCCUACCAGAUGAUGUUGCCAGAGUCCAUAGCCAUUGUCUGUUCCCCCAAGUUCCAGGAAACCGGAUUCUUUAAAUUAACUGACCAUGGACUAGAGGAGAUUUCUUCCUGUCGCCAGAAAGGAUUUCAUCCACACAGCAAAGAUCCACCUCUGUUUUGUAGCUGUAACCAUGUGACUGUUGUGGACAGAGCAGUGACCAUCACAGAUCUGCGAUGAGAAUUUGACUCACACACCUGAAACUAUAAAACCAUGUCAGUGUACUGUAGCCCCUUAAGAUGAGCUUUCCAGAAAGCUUUCGAAGCUUUUAAAGAUAGAAUAGGGAAGGGACAUCACCUGGGGAAGAAUUGAAUUUCUGUAUCUGGUUUGAAAUGAAAGAAUUGGAUGUAUUUUUUAGGCAAAUCUGGAAACAUGCAUGAUAACACUAAAGCAAUUAAUUCUAAAAUUAAAUUGAAAGAAUGGUAUAAUGAGCGCUCACAUACCCUUCUUUCUAGAUUCACAAAUUGUUAACCUUUCAUUGUUCUCAGCUAUCUUCUAAUUUAUCUGCCAACUUGUUUAUAUCUACCUUUUCACUAAAUGAGGGCAUCUAUACAGAAAUUUGGAAGCCAUUUAGAAAUCCUUUGGGAUUUUCUUUUGGUUUGGGCAAUAUUAAUGGCACUGAUUACAAGGGUGAGGGGCAGCUCACUAUAUCGGAGCAGAUGGUGAGGCUCAGGAACCCUGAAGAAUGAUGUUAUCAGGAAUUAUGUUAUUUAACAAAUACUUCAGGAUAUUUUUGCUCUAUAAUAAAGUAACACUUAACUUAUUUUAUUGGGCUCUAGAGUGAUCCAUUUGAUCAAGCCUCAUAUAAACAAGUUGAAUGAAAGGUCUGGUUGUUCUGGAAAAGAUGAAGGGAAAAGGAAUUUGAGAUGUGCCAACACUGAGGUGUGUCCCACUUCACUUUUUUAAUUGUUUGGUGUUUUUUCUCUGUCUGCUGCUGAAGUCAUCUCUCUUCUUCUGGUGCUGUCUCAAGUUGGUCACCCCUUUUUUCCUCCUUAUGCCCCACAAGCUUUCAGAUGAGGGUAGUAGAGCCUUUAUCUGGAGCACCAGGUUACACUUCAACUAAAUGGUAACAUUCCCUAGCCGCCCCACCUCACAGAUUCCAUCGUGGUGCAUAUUCUGACUUGAGCAAUACUUAGGAAUGUGUGUGAAGCUGUAGUUGAUUCUUUUUUUUUUUUUCUGUGACCUGAGCCUAGUGUUCUAAGAUGGCCUAGAAAUAACGUUGGCACUG